AUGGAAAAUUACCUCACGGAAUUUAUCACAGAUGAAGAUGCCAGGAAAAAGCUGCCUUCAUAUAUAAUAUAUGAAAAAUUCAAGAAUAAAAAUAAUACAGAGACUUCUUCCACAUUACAGAAAGUUAAUGAAAAUUCAGAAAAUGAUGAAACAAAAUACAAUGAUAAUGUUAAUGAUUUUUGUAAUAAAUUUUCGUGGAGUUUGAAAAAUUUAUCCGAAAUUACGGGUAAUGAAUUAAAACAUCGUGAUAAAUGUUCUUAUUUGAGCUACUGGGCAUAUGAAAAAAUAAGGAGCAUAUUCGGUACACAUGAUAUUUAUAGUAAUAAGAGACAUAUUAUAAAUAAGCUUAAUGAAACAGUUAGAGACAUUAGUAAUAGUACAUCAACCAAGAAACCGUGUGAUAUUUAUUUUGGUAAUAAAUUCGAUCAUUGGGAUGAGUGGAAACAAUUACAUGACUAUUUUAAGAAUAGUGAACAUAUUCUUAGUUUGGUAACUGAAUCUAAUUGUAGUGAAUGCACAAAAUUUUGUAACUAUGUUAAACAUAUUAAGACAUUAUAUGAUAAAUAUGAAAGAGGUUGCUGUUUGUGGGGUAGCUGCGAUGAUUACAUUAACUGCGAUGAUAAGUAUAACCCGAGUGAAUUGUUAAAACGGUUAAAAUGUGAGGAAGAAGGGUCUGAGCAGCGUACAAGUGAAGAAGGACAAAGUUCUACUCCUCAAUCGGAAAAAAACCAUAUGAGGAUUAAUUAUCUAAAGUGUUACACAUCACAUAAGAAUACAAAAAAAGACAUGGAAAAAGAUAAAGAACCAGCCAAAACAGGCAAGAAAGAAGAUGAAGAACCAGACAGCACAAUUGCACAAUGCUAUUAUGUAAUUCCUAGGGGUGCAAAUGUCCAUAAACCAAUGAAUAUUACAGUCCCCGGAAAACGCCCGAAUUCUAAAAGACAUUUAUCUGUUCUUUGGACUGUUCCGCUUUCAGAAGAGGUUUAUAGAGAUUAUAAAAGUGAUAGAGAUGAACAUAAACUAAUUCUUAAAUCUAAAGAAUUUGAAGAAGUUACUUGUUCAAAGUACGCAUCGGGGGAAAACGUGCCCGAAUCGUGCAAAAAGAACAAAGAGGUUAAAGAUACUGUGCCUGUGGAGAAAAAUAGGUCAGAGACACCAAAUAUAGUAAAUGGUAUUUCAAUUUGGGAUAAUCUCUUUUAUUCUAGGAGUGUAGAGAAUCCAUGUAAUAGUAUAUUAUGCGACCCUACUCGCAUAGCAAUGUUGGGUAUCUUAACGUUAGGGGUAUUUCUCGUUCUUUUAAUUUAUUACAAAGUAGACACGGAUAGUUUUAAAAACAUAACAGUUGUUCGAUAUAAUGUAUAA